UAACCUCUUAAUUUGACAACACCAGUUCAUUCAAGAAAGGCUGAUCGUGAAAAGGAAAUUGUUUAACACUUAUAUAAAUUAUUAAUGAAAAAUGACUGAAGUUGAUAAACUAGCUAUGGGUCCUAGAGAAGGCGUUACAUAUCCAAUUCAUGUUCCAUAUUGUGGAAAUUGCAGUAUGCCUAUUGAGUAUUGCGAAUAUUACCCUGAAUAUGAAAAGUGUAAAUUAUGGUUAGAAAAAAAUCUACCUGAUGAAUUUGACAAAAUGAGAGUUAUAGAUGAAUCUGAAGGUGGUGUAACAGAAGAAGAAAAGAAAAGGCAGAAGCGAGGAGGUAAAGGUAUCAUUAAAGCGAAAAAGAAGGAGGAUGGGCCCAAGAGAGUAUGCGUUUCAAGAGCCCCUAGAGGAAAAAAGAAGUCUGUAACAGUAGUGACAGGCUUGAAUACUUUUGAUAUUGAUUUGAAAGUGGCUGCUAAAUAUUUUGGCACCAAAUUUGCUUGUGGAUCUUCAGUAACAGGUGAUGACGAAAUAGUCAUUCAAGGUGAUGUGAAGGAUGAUUUAUUUGAUAUUAUACCAGAAAAAUGGCCAGAAAUCGAUGAGGACUUCAUUGAAGAUUUGGGAGAUCAGAAACGAUAAAUAAUUGCUAAUAAAAUAUAUUUAAAUAAUGUAUUUGGUGUACCUUUCAGAGAAUAAAAUUGUCCGGCAAAUAAAAAAAAAA